CUCUUCCGGGAGAGGCGUUGGGGCAGCUCCUAGCAACGUGCCCGCCGCCGGCAGAAGCCUGGCCCCGCCAACGCCGCGCGCGGCUCCCUGGGAGCUGUAGUUCCUCACGUCGUCCCCGCCUCCUCGGUGCGGGCAGGUGAGCGACCGCAGACUGCGACUCCCAGGAUGCCUCGCGCCCGCCUUUCCGCGGGAGGCCGGAAGGCUGAGGGUGACGGCAGCGCCUGGAAGCUGGAGGCCAGGCCUGGCCAGGCGGGCGACCCGAAUGGAGCCAGGGCCGGCGCUGGUCCCAUCGGCCACAUCUCCGGGGGCACGGCGCGUAACGGGAGGCUUCAGGGGCUGAGAGCGUUACAGGCUGCGCUCGGGGGCCAGAUAGGCCGGGCGCUCAGAAGGGUGACGCAUUGAGGGGCGAGGAGUCUCGGGACGGAGGGGCGACUCCGGUUAGGGGUCUUGCUUAGAGGUGGUCUCGGGAUCUGUAAAACGCCUGGCAUGGAGUCGGCUGAAAACAUGUGGGGACGGGGUUACUCUGUAGACCUUUGGCCUUGGCAAACCACGCCUAGAAAAUCCCCAUAGUCUGAGAAGCCCCUGCAGGAUCGAUAGGAGAUGCCAGAAGUUCCUUGAUGUGUUAUGGGACACAUUUGGACUUGUAAGUCGUGAAGUCGCCAUUGCAGAGAAAAAGAAACACAAGGCCGGGCACGGUGGCUCACGCCUGUAAUCCCAACACUUUGGGAGGCCAAGACGGGAGGAUCACUUGAGGCCAGGCGUUUGGGACGACCCUGGGCAACAUAGGGAGACCCGUCUCUACAAAAAAGUUUUUAAAUUUGCCGGACAUGGUGGCGUGUGCCUGUGGUCCCAGCUGCUAGGGAGGUUGAGAUUGGAGGAUCGCCUGAGCCCAAGGAGGUCGAGGCUGCAGUGAGCUGUGAGAGCUGUGAUCGUGCCACUGCACUCCAGCCUGGGCAACAGAGAGAGACCCUGUCUGGGAAAAAAAAAAAAAAGAAAGAAAGAAGGCCAGGCGUAGUGGCUCACACCUGUAAUCCUAGCACUUUGGGAGGCCGAGGUGGGCAGAUCACGAGGUCAGGAGUUCGAGACCAGCCUGGCCAACAGUGAAACCCCGUCUCUACUAAAAAUACAAAAAUUAACCGGGCAUGGUGGCACGUGCCUGUAUUCCCAGCUACUCGGGAGGCUGAGGCAGGAGAUUCGCUUGAACCCGGGAGGCUGAGGUUGUGGUGAGCCAACAUCACACCACUGCAAUCGAGCCUGGGCAACAGAGCAAGACUCUGUCGAAAAAAAGAAAACAAAACACAUGUAUUCAGGGUGGGCUCUGUAGCUAAGCCCAGAUAACCCUUGCAUUCCAAUAACAGGACAGGCCAACACCUGGGACAUAGAGAGGACCCCUCUGACUCCUUUCUUCCAGGACAUCCUGUAGGGAGUAUGAGCCUGAUGUGGGCAGAAUCCAGAUGAGCUGGCCAGUGCUGUGAAGGAGCUGCGAGCACCCCCGAGAGCUGUGAGAUGGCGCUAAAAACCAAGAAGAGAUGGAAAGGCUCCAUUGGUGAUUUACUUGGUGACCUUCUAGGGGAUGAUAUGACACUACCUGAGAAGCCUGUUAAACUAGCUUCACAUACCAGAGACACCACAGGUGUAUCUCAGAUGUUCCCUUCUUCAAAGGCUAGAACAAAGUCCCUCCUGGGUGAUGAUGUCUUCAGCACCAUGGCAGGCCUGGAAGAAGCUGAUGCUGAGGUUUCAGGUAUCUCAGAGGCAGACCCACAGGCUGUGCUCCAGGCCAUGAAGGACCUGGACGGCAUGGAUGCUGAUAUCUUAGGUCUGAAGAAAUCUAAUCCAGCCCCUAGCAAAAAAGCUGCAAAGGACCCUGGGAAAGGAGAGCUGCCCAGCCACCCCAAGCCUGCAGGGGGCGCCAUUCCCACCAAGAAGUCACCUCUGUCUCCCAGCAGCUCUGGGCAUCAGAACAGGAGGUUUUCCUCUGAAGACUUGGAAGACCCGUUCGGAGGACUUCUCUCCUAUGAUGAAGAAGGAAUCACCAAGAAGCUGCCUGUGACAGAGAGUAAAACAGCUUCUGACAAGAGCCCCAGCACAGUCAGAGAUCAAGGUCCCUCUAUUCCUCUAACUCCUGGGGACACCCCUAUCCGAAAAAAAGAAUUGUUGUUUGACGAUGGGGAUGACAUCAUGGCCACCUUGGGGUUUGGAGACAGCCCCAAAGCAGAGAACAGGCAGAUAGGAGACCAGGAAGGGCCUCGCCCUGCUCGCUCCACGCUGGAUGAGCUGCUGGGUCGAGGCACGGCCACCAAACUCCUGGCCCGCCCGGGCACCGGGGAGCACAGGGAGUUCAAGCUAGACAAGAAGUACCAGAGGCCACAGGACAGUGAAGAUGCGUGGGGUGACGAGGACUUCACCUUUGGAGCCUAUCAGCCCACCGUGGUCUCCUCUGAGGGCCGGCAGUCCCGCCGGCAGUCGGUCAGUAGGUUCUUAGCAGACCGUGGCCCAGACCCCAAGGGAGAACCAGGCUCCAAACAGAGCCCUCCAACGGCUUCCAGCCCCAUCCAGCCCAGGAAGGGAGGAGCUGACUGGUUGGGCCUCAAGGAUGAGGACUUGGACCUGCUCCCUGCCUCACCCACCAGAGAGGCCCGUCGGGAAAGCUCAGUGCCUGUCACGCCCUCAGUGCCUCCUCCUGCAAGCCAGCACUCCACGCCAGCUGGGCUGCCCCCCUCCAGGGCAAAGCCACCAACUGAAGGUGCAGGGUCCCCUGCCAAAGCCAGCCAGGCUUCCAAGCUGCGAGCCUCCAAGGAGGAGAAAGAGGAGGACUGGCUGAGCCAUGCCCUAUCUCGGAAGAAGUCCCAAGGCCUGGCCAGGGAGCAGCAUGCUGGGACCUCUGAGGGCCUGAGUUUGGCGGGGACAGCGGGCCAUCCCCCUUCUGGCAGGUCCCCUGUGACUCGGAACCAUGCCGCCUCAGCACUCCCUACAGGUUCCCCAAAGAGAGGAACAGCCCCUGGAGACCUCUCGGCCACUGAGUCUGCCACAUGUUUCCCGAGCACCCAGGAACCCACAGAGCCUUCCAUCCCCGUCCAGCCCCUGCUCCCAGAGUCCCUGGCCCAGAGCCUGCUGCCGGGCACAGAAUACCAGAAGCAGCUCCUGGCAGCACAGGUGCAGCUUCAGAGCGGCCCCGCCGAGCUCCAGGCCGAGCUGCUGCAGAGCCAGGCCCGGCUGGCAGAGCUGGAGGCCCAGGUGCGGAAGCUGGAGCUGGAACGGGCCCAGCAUGAGCUGCUGCUGGGGAGUCUGCAGCAGCAGCACCAGGCAGACCUGGAGCUCAUCGAGAGUGCACACAGAAGCCGCAUCAAGGUGCUAGAAACAUCGUACCAGCAACGGGAGGAGCGGCUCCAGAGAGAGAACGAGGAGCUGUCAGCUCGGUAUCUGUCGCACUGCCAGGAGGCCGAACAGGCCCGUGCUGAGCUUACAGCCCAGCACCAGCGGCGCUUGGCAGCCAUGGCACAGGAGAAGGACCAGGACAUGGAGCGGCUCCGGGAGCUGCAGCGGGCGUCCAUCCUAGACAUGCGCAGAGACCAUGAGGAGCAGCUGCAGCGGCUAAAGCUGCUGAAGGACCGAGAGGUCGAUGCGGCCACCAGUGCCACCUCCCACACGCGGUCUCUGAAUAGCAUCAUCCACCAGAUGGAGAAGUUCUCCAGCAGCCUGCACGAGCUGUCCUCCCGCGUGGAGGCCUCGCACCUCACCACCUCCCAGGAGCGGGAGCUGGGGAUCCGGCAGCGUGACGAGCAGCUGCGGGCACUGCAGGAGCGGCUGGGCCAACAGCAGCGGGACAUGGAGGAGGAGCGGAGCCGGCAACAGGAGGUCAUCGGGAAGAUGGAGGCGCGGCUAAAUGAGCAGAGCCGGCUGCUGGAGCAGGAACGCUGGCGGGUGACUGCCGAGCAGUCUAAGGCGGAGUCCAUGCAGCGCGCCCUAGAGGAGCAAAGGAAGGUCACCGCCCAGCAGAUGGCCAUGGAAAGGGCGGAGCUGGAGCGGGCCAAGAGCGCCUUGCUGGAGGAGCAGAAGUCUGUCAUGCUCAAGUGCGGGGAGGAGCGGCGGCGCCUGGCUGCCGAGUGGGCGGAGUUCUCCGCGCAGCAAAAGCUGAGUAAGGAGCGGGCCGAGCGCGAGGCCGAGCGGGCGCUGCAGGUGGACACCCAGCGGGAGGGCACCCUCAUCAGCCUGGCCAAGGAGCAGGCUGAGCUGAAGAUCAGGGCCAGCGAGCUCCGGGCCGAGGAGAAGCAGCUGGCAGCGGAGAGAGCAGCCCUGGAGCAGGAGCGGCAGGAGCUGCGGCUGGAGAAGGAGAGGAUCAACGCCACCGCCCUGCGUGUCAAGCUCCGCGCUGAGGAGGUGGAGAGCAUGAGCAAGGUGGCCUCCAAGAAGUACGAGGAGGGGGAGCGGGCAUUGUGCGAGGCCCGGCAGGUGCAGGCAGAGCAGCAGGCCCGGUUGCAGGCGGUGCAGCAACAGCAGGAGCGGCUGCGGAAGCAGGAGCAGCACAUGCACCAGGAGCAUCUGAGUCUGGCCCAGCAGAGGCUGCAACUGGACCGCGCACGACAGGACCUGCCCUCCAGCCUCGUGGGUCUGUUCCCCAGGGCCCAGGGCCCUGCAGCCUCCAGCCAGAAUGCCCUCAUGCCUCCUGCUCCCACCACUCCUUGGUGCAGCCAGCCACCGACUGGCCUGGACCCCAGCCCCUUGCACCUCCAUGCCAGGCUGGUGCUGCUGAGGCACAUGGCAGAGCAGGACCGUGACUUCUUGGAGAAUGAACAGUUCUUCCUGGAGACCCUGAAGAAAGGGUCCUACAAUUUGACAUCUCAUUCAGCCUGAGUGGGACCCCAGCCAAUUCCCCAACAGAGGGUUUGGACCCCAGAACUCUCCUGUUCCUCCGGCUGCCUCCAUGGAGGCAGUGCCUGGGGAGGAUUCUGAGAUGCUUCAGGCCUGAUGACAGCUCUUCCAUGGACAGGGUGCAAGUGCAUCCUUUCCAAAUGUGCCAGCCCGGGGCAGCCCCUGCCUCUGGGGCUCUGUGGUGUAGGCUGUCUUACCACGGCUUUGGCUGCCCUGCCUCAAAGCCAUUGGCUUGGAUCUGAGGGUCUGAGUUGGCAGCAAGGACCCCCAGCUGUCACUGGGCUCUGUGGGCUCCCCCUACUCCACAGGUAGACUGUUGUGGGCUCUUUUUGCCUGGGCCUCUUCUGAGGCAGGAGCUUUCUUGAGGGAUGCCACAAACAGCCUUCCCUACUCCCUGCCAGAGCAGUUCCCUCCCUGAUGAGCUGGAGAAGGGCCCUCUGGCCUCCUGAUAGUACAGGGAGGGCACCAGCUAGAUCCUCCCUUGUGGUGUGAGAUGUUCCUGGAACUCAGCCAGGCCCUCCUCCUCCUGGGCUUGCCCAGAGCCCCCACCCUAUUCCCAGCAUUGCCCGAAGGACCAACCAGUUUGGGUGAACAGUGGCCUCCUCAGCUUCUUCCCCAUUUGGAUGCCCCACUGGCAGCGGAGGGAACUGUGGUGUGGGGAGGGACGAGGAGGGAAUGCGCCUCUGUGCUGCUCACCUGCCCAAAGCCACAGCUCAGUGGGUGUGCAGUGGAGGUGACAAGGAAUCAAUCACAACUAGCAGAGAUUUCUUUGAUCCUCCUCCACUCCCGCUGCUUCACUUGACUAAGCUUAAAAAAACUGCUUUUGCCAUGGCUCA